ACUAUACUACUUAUUAUUUUCGACCUCUCCUUUUUUUUAAAGUAAUAUUUGCUUCGUUACUUUUAGCAAAUAAUAAUAAAAAAAAAAAAAUAAAAAAAAAAGUUCGUUGUAGCAAUGUCAAGACUACCAAAAUUACCUACGGUUAGCGGAAUACCGUCUUCGGGUCUUCCUUCUCCAGCAGCAAAACGUCGUCCAUCAACUGGCACUACAGGAAAAUCAACACUUGCCCUGACUCCAGAACAGGAAGCGCUAUUACAAGCGGCAAUGGAAAAAUAUAAUCCAACGCCAGCUACCGAGUCGAAUGAGAAUAAUCAAACUAGCUCUAUCUCAACACUUGGAAAUAGUCAAGCUAAUUCAUCACACUCAACGCCAGCUACGAAUAAUACGAAUAACCAGUCAAAUAGAAAACUUGGAAAAAAAACAAGUUUUACCAGAAUGACGCGUCCAACACUUCCACCAUUAACAGAAAAAUCAGCUGCUAUAAAACAAAAUUCAACAAUACAACAAACUCCUCACACAAUGUCAUCGAAAUUAAAUAAUUCUGGAUUGCCUGCAUCAAAUUUAUCUUCACCACUUCAACGUUCACUUUCAGGCCAAAAUUCAACGUUGUCUUCGGCAUCAAAUCCCACUCAUCAACGGUUACAGGCCAUGGCUGCAUCUCAACAACGUCCAGCUUCCCCUUCACUUUCCUUAUAUUCAAUAGGUGAACGAGUUACUGUUGAGUCAAUGAAUAUUUCAGGUACAUUAAGGUUUUUAGGCCCAAUUGACAAUAAGUCUGGAACCUGGGCCGGAAUAGAAGUAGAUGUUCCAGGAACAGGUAAAAAUGAUGGGAGUGCUUUCGGAAAAUCCUACUUUACUUGUCCUCCAAACUCGGUAAUUCAAGUGAAAAAGCAUCAUCUGGUAUACCAUCAUCUUUGGCUACACCAAAUUUAUCAAAACAUGCUCAAAACGCAGCUAUUGCUGCUGGUCGGAUCACAGCCGGUUCUCGUGCUUCAAGGUAUAUUGGUGUCACAGCUUCCCAACUUAAACAGAGAAAGCCGUCGACUGUGUCCUCAACUCCUGAUACUGCUCCUAACGGACAAACGACUCCGUCUAGGACUAAACCAACGCCGACACUAGGACUCGUGAGACCUGGUUCUCUUCAAAGUUUAAAGUCACCAUCCACACCUCCAACUAAUGGUAGACAAUACCGCAACAGAAAAGAUUCAUCAUCAUCCACUGGAUCGACUGUUUCUAAGGCGUCAGGUCUA